UCACCAUACUGCGGGAAAACCGUUCGAUGACUUGCAUAUGCAACGAGAAUUCUGGGCUCUACCUUUUGCAAUACUUACCGCUUUGUCUUGAAGCUGACAGAUGCAACGUGACAACUGAAUUCGACAGUUUCAGACGACUGCGUUUUUCACAUGCCCAGCCCCUCUUGCGGCGCCAUGCUCUCAAGCUGUUUACUGCGCCAAUACAUAGGCAACACCAAGUGAUAAAUAUUGAUCUACAAUAUUAUUUUUGGAACACUUAUAUUCUGCUUUACGUUAAACAUAUCAGCUAAGCAUACACUUGAAUUGCAGUUCGUUGGUCAAAAGCGUUUGUUAUUCAAAAUAUUCGUUUGCUUUCAGAAUUUUAUCCAUUGCACAGAUCUUUCAGACACUCUCCGGCAUCCGGGAGAAUCCUCUCCUGCCUCAUUUUAUUAUGUGUACCAGUGAAUAUCCGAGCCGUGAAGACUGUGACAAGGCACACGUUGACAGAUAGGCAAGCAUGGACGAGGAAGUUAUCACAACUGUUGAACAACUUCGUGAAGAAGUUGCUGAAAUUCGUAAACUAGGAAAAAGAUGGGGAUUUGAAGAUGACGAAAUUAACGAAUGCCUGUCCGAGGCUCUAGGUGGAUUAAUGAGUCACCAAUGAAGCCGAAGAAGCCCGUCCGACAAAGAGGAAAGUUGGGCAAAUGUCUCCGUUGUGGGUGCUUAACCCUCCUGGCUUUUCUGCUCGCCAUUUUUGUCUUCAUCGUCGUCAUUUCAACGCUUGACGAGAAGUCUACCGCUUUCUUAACGAAGUAUUUAGUGGCUAUGUCAUAUCCACUCCUUAGGUACUCCCGCCUGAUGUUUCUGCCCGUUCAUGGAAUGUUUAACGUCACAGAGUAUUACAGCUCGGAGUGCCUUGUGAGUAAUCCCUGGUUUGAUGAAUCUCCGGACUCGUGCUGGCAUUGUCGCUUCAAGAAGAACAUGAAAGAAAUGAGCCCAAAUACUACUCUUAGUUGGAGAGAUGAGUGGGAAGUAGCAGUGUUCAGGGGUUCCUUGAAGGAAACGUUGACCUUUGCAGACCUCCAGCAGAUGUUUAAGAAAAGUAAGGGCAUCCUCCAGGGUGAACUGCGCGCCAUGACACUGGUCAGUAACAGGUCUGAUAUCAUCUCACUUGAGGACAUCUUGGAGAGGAAGUCUGAAGAGGAUAUCCUCAAUGAUAGAGGGCUUCAUUUUCAGUGGAAGACAGCACAGAGCCUAGCAGCUAACAGAGUCAUACGUCAAUUUUUCGGGCGUCCAUCAUUUGUAAACGCUAAACAAGAGAUCUCUUUUGAGAAAAAUGUCAUCAUUCAAUCUCCUGGUACCGUUCCUUAUGAUCUGCCUGGUCAUAACUUCCCCAAUGGAUGGUAUAUGCAAGUCACUGGAACUCGGAAACUGAAAAUCAAACCGACAUCCAAAUGCCAGACUAAGUGCAAGUCAUUUGAUGUGACUCUGGAGCCAAGAGAUGCUUUGGUCUAUAACCCGCCAAGCUGGAUUGUUCAGUUGUUACCCGCAGAGACCAGUGAAAUCAGCGUUGGAUACAUGGGAAGUUUCUCAUAAAUGUAAUCGCUUACAUUUUCAAAAAGAAGUGCCUUCUAAUAUUUUUGUCUUCUAAUUACUGUUGUUGUUUUUAUUUAAGAAAUGAGGUUUACCUGGAAAUAUUUUAAUAUAUUUUUUACAUUCAAAUGUCUUUUAUUCAAAUUAUGUUUUUAAAAUCUCGUUAUUGCAAGUGAUGCACUUAUGUUUGUAUUACAUACACUAUACAGUGCUGAUUUAAAUUUAUGUUGUGGAAACUUGAAAAAAACAUACAUUCAGACAUUCCAAAGAAAUGCAACAUUUUAAAAUUCAAUGACUUGUUAAUCACUGUCUAUGUUAAUGUCAUGACUUCAAACAUUCGCUGAAGACAUUAUUUUUAUAAAUGCUUUCAUAUACAUGUACUUAUGAAAUAAAAGAAAAAAUGGCACGUAUUAAAUGUGGAUUUGGUUUCCUCAGGAGUAAU